UGGGGCACGCUUGCGGACGGUGGAGGGGAAGGAGAGCGGGGUUCAACGCGCUGAGAGGCGAGGCGAUCGAGGGCCCGGGCAAGUUCGACGCGGGCACUCGGCCCGCGUUCGCCCGGCCCGCGUUCACGGGCUGGACUCAGAGUGAGCUCCUAUUUGAUCCUCGCAGGAGUCCAGGAUCCGGGCGGGGACAGGCCGGAGGGGCGCGAGUGUUACAGCCAGAGUUAAGCCGGGGGCGUGUGGUGAGGAAACCGAGGCUCCGAAGGCCCUGGAGGUAAAAGGCAGAGAUGGACCUGGUGAGACUUGCCUGGCUCUCCUCCAGUCCCCGCCCCCUGGGACUGUCCAUCUUGCAACACCUUGACCUUCUCAGAGCCAGGAGGGCAGGAGGUAGGCAUGGGCCUGCAUGGCUGAGGGCCAUGGGGCUGACUGGGCCAACACCAGCAGCCUUCAGCAGCUCCCUCUCUCAGCUGCCCCUCAGCCAAGGGAGCCAGAAGAACACACGCAGCCUUAGCUUUGACCCAAGCCAGCCCAGCUCCGUGGCCAUCCAGGAGGCAGAGGAGGAAGAGAACUUUGGGACUCUCUCUGAUAAAUACUCCUCCCGGAGAAUGUUCCACAGAUCGACGGACCAGUUGUAUAACCUGCGGCUCAGGGAACAACAUGAAGAAGAUGAGGAAAGGGAGCUGGAGCCAAAAUCAUGGCAGGGCCGGAGAAACACCCCUUACUGGUACUUCUUUCAGUGCAAACACCUGAUCAAGGAAGGAAAGUUGGCGGAGGCCCUGGACCUGUUUGAGAGGCAGAUGCUGAAGGAAGAGCGACUCCAGCCCCUCGAGUGCAACUACACGGUGCUGAUUGGGGGCUGCGGGCGGGCCGGCUACCUGAAGAAAGCCUUCAGGCUCUACAACGAUAUGAAAAAGCGGGACCUGGAGCCCUCAGAUGCCACCUAUACAGCCCUGUUCAAUGUGUGUGCUGAGUCCCCCUGGAAGGAAUCUGCUCUGCAGAGUGCCCUGAAGCUACGGCAGCAGCUCCAGGCCAGAAAUUUCCAGCUCAACUUGAAAACAUAUCACGCCCUGCUGAAGAUGGCUGCCAAGUGUGCAGACCUUAGGAUGUGCCUCGAUGUGUUCAAGGAGAUUGUUCAUAAAGGGCAUGCAGUCACAGAGGAGACCUUCAGCUUGCUGCUUAUGGGCUGCAUCCAGGACAAGAAGACAGGCUUCCGAUAUGCCCUACAGGUGUGGAGGCAAAUGCUGAGUCUUGGGCUCCAGCCGAGCCGACAUGGUUACAACCUACUGUUGGGGGCAGCUCGGGACUGCGGCCUGGGAGACCCAGAAGUGGCCUCGGUGCUGCUCCUGAGGCCCAGGGAAGAGGUGGUGUCACUCCAGCCCCCAGCCUGUGGACAGCGGGCAAGGACGAAAGCCCAGGCCGGGAUAGUUGACAGCAUGUCAGCCAGGUUGCACGUGGAGACCCUGGAGAGACAGCUGUUUCUGGAACCUUUGCAGGUGCUUGAGAGGUCUCCAGAGCCUCAAGAGGCCAGAGUCCCUAGCAAGGCCCAGCCCGAGGUGGGAACCAAGGUGGACUGUGAGCACACUGUAGUCCCUGCCUCUAUGGCCUCAGAGCUGCCUCCAGGGGGACUGGAGGCCAACCUCCUGACUCUCGGGGCAGUCCCCCCAGCUGUGGUCUCUUUUGGGACUGUGACCACCCCUGCGGACAGGCUGGCCUUGAUGGGGGGCCUGGAGGGAUUCCUGGGCAAGAUGGCAGAGCACGGGCUCCGGCCUGACAUCAAAACCCUUACGCUGCUGGCUGAGGUGGUUGAUCCUGGUAGCCCUACAGAAUCCUCGCUGCUGACCAUCCUGGACAUGCACCAGGUGGAGGCCGACGUGACAUUCUUCAACACUCUGAUGAGGAAGAAGAGCAAGCUGGGUGAUCUGGAGGGAGCGAAGGCACUGCUACCAGUCCUGGCAAAGAGGGGAAUCGUCCCCAACCUCCAGACAUUCUGCAAUUUGGCUAUUGGGUGCCACAGGCCACAGGAUGGUCUGCAGCUGUUGGCAGACAUGAAGAAAUCCCAGAUGACCCCCAACACCCAUAUCUACAGCACCCUCAUCAAUGUGGCCCUCAAGAAACUGGACUACACCUAUCUCAUUAACAUCCUGAAGGACAUGAGGCAGAACAGAGUCCCAGUGAAUGAAGUGGUCAUCCGCCAACUGGAGUUUGCAGCCCAGUACCCACCCACCUAUGACCGGUACAAAGGGAAAAACACCUAUUUGGAGAAGGUUGAUGGCUUUCGAGCUUAUUAUAAGCGGUGGUUGAAAAUGAUGCCAGCAGAAGAAGCCCCUCACCCAUGGCAGAAUUUCCGGACCAAGCCCAAGGGGGAACAAGACACUGUUUGUAAGGGUGAUGUGGACAGAGGCCUUGGGGACAGGUGAUGGGGAGGCCCCAGAGGACCUCCAGCAGAGCUGGAACUAAGUACACAGCCUUCACAGUGCUUUGUGGGAACUCUAGGAGUCUUUCAUGUUAAAGAUAUGUGAACAUACUGGUGUAGCCUCAAACAUGAGCAUAGGGUCAGCCAGAGUGAGAACUGCAGCAUUUUGAUGGCAAUGGUAUAAGGACAAGUGCUGGGCCCUGGGUGCCUGACAAAUUCACGGCAGGUUGCAGCACAGCUGGUCACCUGGGCACAUCAUCUCAAGCCAUCCUCACUUGUGAGGUUGUCAACCCCAUCACUGAUCAGGACGGUGAACUUGAUUAUGGUCACAUGGCACCUAAAGGGCAGGGUCAGGGUUGAGUUCCAAGGGCCUGGAACUCUCCCACUGGGCUGUAAGACUGCUGGCUCUCUGAAAGAACUAAUGCAGGGCCCAAGGUUACAAGUUUUAUUUCUACAAAUUAUAGCUCAUGAACAACAAUGCCUUCACACGUAGAGACCAUACUCCAACUUGGGCCUGGGGCACUGCUCUACCAGAAAAGCUGCUCAUAGGAAAGGGGUGGCACGACAGGCAGAAACCUGUGAAGUCCAAAGUCCUGGGUGGAGAGGGGUCAGGGCUCCAGGGCCUCAGCCGGAACAGCCCCGGCAGCCGCAGUGUGUGCACUCGAUGAUCCGGCCCUGCAACAGAAGACAGCUGAGACACUGCGCCCCACAGCAUUCUACCCCACCUCACACACAUAACUAAUCCACCCUCUGAGAAGGUUGGCAAUUGGACAGUCAUUCCCUACAGGACACUCCUCAGAAACUCCUCUAUGACAGUUUGGAAUGGCAAAAAUUCGGUUCCCCCAUGAAAAUAAAAUAGCUGCUGUUGACAUUGAA